GUACUCUACUCUAACCAGGAAGUUGCGUCUAAAAUACGAGACCGAACCGGACGUUGAAGUUUCUAGAAAAGAAAGUGGAAUCAACUGAACGACAAAAUGAAUACCAGAGGAUUCCGUUCACAGCUAAAAGACAGUGUGCCGGUGACGGGCUUGUGCCCACAGGCCGGCGCGUACGGUGUGCAGGACACACUGAGGAGCGGGUUCAGCAGUGUGAAGAAUGAACUGCUUCCCAGCCAUGUGUUGGAGCUGUCAGAGAAGAAUUUCCAGCUGAACCAGGACAAGAUGAACUUCUCCACCCUAAGAAACAUCCAGGGUCUCCACGCUCCCCUCAAACUGCAGAUGGAGUACAGGGCAGCCCGCCAGAUCCAGAGGCUUCCGUUCCUGCAGAGUUCUAACCUGGCGUUGGACACCCUCAGAGGCAACGAUGAGAGCAUCGGCUUUGAAGACAUCCUCUGUGAUCCCUCCCAGAGUGAGAUGAUGGGAGAGCCUCACAUGAUGGUGGAGUACAAACUGGGAUUUAUGUGAGGGGGUUUUACCCGAACCUGCCUCCCCGGCCACCUGGCUCUGUCUGUGUCCGCUUAUCUCCAUCCCCCCUCAGUUCAGAUAUUGUCUCCUAGCCCCAUCCCAAAGAGCUUUUGGGUGUAAUGGUUUAGAUUCUAAAGAGCAUUUGAGAUGUUCCAAUAUGCCUUCAUCUUAGGCACGUCAGUGGAAUAUAAACCACGAGUACCCUUCAGCUUCUCCUGGGCUAGGUUACUGUGUUGGGUGAUGCUGUCUGCUAUAGAUUAGGAUGGAUAUGGAUUACUUCAAGUCCUCUUUUGACAUCUAGUGACAAUACCUUUUGUAUGGUUGGAUUUCUGUUUCUAAUAAAUACUGUUAUAACUCUGUCA